AAUAAAUUAACCAUUAGUUACAACAAUUUAUACUAAACUUGAUAAGUAAUCUUUGACGGUUCGUUAUUUAGGAUAUAAAGUAUAUGGUUAUGGUAUAGAGUAUAAGGUACAUAUGGUUUAGGGUGUAUAUGGUCAGGGUAAAAGAUAUUGAUGGUUUUGACGGUUCUAAGUUUUUUAUUAAUAUAUGUUCACUUGAAUUCAUUUGAAGUCUUUAACGGCAGGAGAUCCCUUUUUAAUUUAUGUUUAUGGUACGUGGUUAGGGUACAAGGUAUGUGGUGUAAAGUAUAAGAUAUAUGGUUAGGGUAUAACAAUUAGCAAAUAUCACUUUUUAUCUAUGUUUUGAAAAUCAAAGUAUGAAUUUCACUUUUAAAUUAACUAUACUAGCAAAAUCACAACUCAAAGACAUAUGGUUAGGGUAUAGGGUAUAGGUUAUGUGGUUAGUGUAUAAUGUAUUGAUGGUUUAUGGUAUACAAUCAAUAACAUAUACUAAAUUAAUAUCGUUGAUUGAGGGUAAGGCUAAGUGUAUAGGAUAUAUGCUAUUGAGUAAGUUAUGAUUGAAGUAACAAUAAUUUUACUAAAUUUGAUAGCAAUCUUUAAUGGUUCAAUUUUUAGGAUAAUUUGAACAAUUUUACAAAUAACUCGUUUGGCAACAGUUUACUGAAGUUAUUUGGGCAAUGAGUUAUUUCGAAAUAACUCCUUUUAUCACUAUGCUUUUGCCAAAACCCACACACCAAAUACUCGAUUUGCAUGGUUAUACUAAACGAGAUACUUUAAUCCAAUUACUACUUAAUUAAUACUAAAAUAUCAAAUAAACAAUUAAUGUUGUCUUUUGGUUGCAAAUAUUGAUAUCACAAUUACUAUUAGCUAUAAUACUUUACCAAUUAUGAUUAAUUACAUAAUAAGUUUGCAAGUCAUAUAAAUUGAUUUAACAUUUUGACUAGUUUUUUUCAAAAAAAUAAAGUAUAUAUAUACGAGGUAGAAAUAAAUUGGUUAAAAAGUUGAGAAAAUAUUUUAAAUUAGUGUAAUAAAAUGUGUAAGUUGGUAAUGAGUAAUAGUUAAGUUACUUGAUGCGCUGGCUCGAACAACCCGAAACCCGAUCCGCCCGCAACCCGCCCGACCCAAAACCCGAUGAACCCGAUUGAACCCGAUCCUGAUGAACCCGCAACCCGACUAACCCGCAACCCGUUUGAAUCCGAACCCAAUGAACCCGAACCCGAUGAACCCGAACCCGAUUGAACCCAGCCCGAACCCGCCCGAUUGACACCUAUAAUUACCACUGCCUUCUCUUUGCAUCUCCUGUUUUUUCUUUUCGUUCUGUUUACCGGUUUCUUGCUGCUAUUUCAUUUCCGGGUAUACCCAAUUUCCCCACCGCAUCGAUUUGGAGAAAAGUUGUUCCCACCAAGAUUUGUUUUUUCAUGUGGGUUCUCUAUCACAUGAAGAUUCUUACAUUGGACAACCUGCAGAAGAGAGGAACUUCGCUUGUCAACCGCAGCGAGCUCUGCCAGAAUGAUGCAGAAUCAGGAGAUCACUUGUUUGUUGAGUGCAGCUUCACCCAAGUGGUUUGGGCUCUUUUCUCUAGGAAUUGUAGGUUUAUCCCCCAACCUAGUGACAACAUCAGAUCAGUUAUCCUGAGGUGGUCUGCAUCCUCCCCCAACAACUUUGCUGAUUGCGUCUCCUACUACAUCCUACACGCUAUCAGCUGGAACAUUUGGCUCGAACGCAAUUGACGCAUCUUCAGAGACACCAGCGUUCCGGUUGCUACACUCGCCCACAGAAUUGCUCGCAACAUCACUGAGUGGCUGGUUGCUCACAAUAAAAUCAACAUAAUUGAAGGUUCAACUUGGCUUAGAAGUUUCUCGCGUAGAACUUGACUUCUGUGUUCCACCCUGCACGCGUUCACUUAAGCUUUGGGCCUUGCAAGUUUAUGUAGAAGCCUUCGCAUGUCUCGUCAUUUACAGUCCGGUCACAAAGUUGAUGGAUCUUUUGAUUUGCGGAUGUUGAUUUAGCAACUGGAUUUGGGGUUCAGCUUAUGGACGAAUCUGUUGGAAAUAAAAUACUGUAUUUAUU